AAAUGAGACAUCGUAGUAAAAUAUUUGUUUCGAUAUUCGUGAUCCUUCUCUAUUAUAGAAUCUGUACGAUAUGAACUAAAGUCGGUCAUAAACUCCAGAUUAUUAUGUUUCGUAGUUCACCAUGAUUAUUCCAAAACUGUUAUUGAAUUGCAAUAGGUUGGUAAUGUCUCGUGAAUAGUAAUAGUUCGUCAGAAUCAACGUUACGCAUCAAAAUAGUAUCGUGAAUCGUUUCGAAGGUGAGACAUUACUAUUUGUCUUGAAGAGCUCUAACUUCUUGCCAACUUCGAGGAGUAAAGAACGUUUAAGCGAUUAGAGACUUGGUGAAAGAUGAGUAAAUGUACGGAGACGAGAGAAGAACGAAAAUGUCUUGGAGGAAGAGAGAAGAGACUCACAAAGGAAAGAAGAUGUAAAUCCGAGUUAAAGAUAAAGUAAAACGGACUAUAUUGGAGCAACCACAAGCAAAAAAAUCUACAAUGAUGGCAACUUCGAUUAAAGGAUAUAUUAUGCCUAUGGAAAAUCCUACUACAAGUUGGCGCCGGUUAUGAGAAUCUUAUGCACUAUGUGGAGAACAAGUUGCCGAUUGAAAACGAAAGAGAAGGAAGAAUGCAAAGGGAGGAACGUGAUAGUGACCUAUCCCUCCUGUCCCCCUCAUCCUCCUCCCUCUUUUAUUUUUUCUCUCUCUCUCUCUCUCUUUCUCUCUAUUUCUCUUUCUCUUUCUCUCUGUGGCGCCUCACAGAGAUAGUAGGUAUAUAGUAGUCAUGAGCUCGUUCGUUCUUCACGCUCGCUUCGUGGCCUUUUAGUCGAGUACUUGUCGGCGAGUUUCGUUCCACGAAGACACGAAUAUACUGACAAACCAAACGACAGUUUCUAUUCCUCGUGUGCGUGUCUUUUUCUUUUUCUUUUUUUCUUUUCUUUCUCUCUUAUCGUGACUCUCAUCGUGACUCUCUCGUGGCACGAACUCGAACGCGUGAGUCCACGAGAGUAGUAGAAUGCAUCGCGUUGGAAUAAAACGUUUCAAGUUCCUCGAUUAUUCUUUGAUCGUUCUCUCAUUGUUAUUGUUCGUUUCUUUGAUCGGUGAUAGCACUGGGAUCGGCUGGAAAAGACGAGAGGACAAAACGAAAUGUCCAAGAGUCAAGGGAAUAAGAAACUUUGACAUAUCAGAGUUUCUUGGAUCAUGGUACAUAGUACAAUAUUAUGCUAGUUCCGAGGAAGCACUAAUUUAUAGAUGCAUGAGAGCCGAAUUAUCCGUGUCAUCGGAAAGUGCAGAGGUUACUAUGAAUUUCACGUACAGUUUUACUGAUGAUCCGAUCAAUGAACAACUCGUUGGUAAUAUCACAUGGAAAAUUCCUUCACCGGAGUUUCCAGCACAUUGGGUUCAUGCGGAAUUUCCCUAUGAAGAAAUAUAUAACACAUAUAUAUUGGAUUCGGAUUACAAAACGUGGGCUUUACUGAUGCACUGUGCCGAAAAAAAUAAAAGUCCACGUUAUUUGUCUAGUUUUAUUAUGAGUAGACAACCUAGUUUAGGAGUUAAUGUUGUUUCUUAUCUACGUGAAAAAUUACCAAAAUACGAUAUAGAUUUGGAGUAUAUGUUUCCUAUGGAACAAAAACAAUGCAAUCAAACGGAUGUACCACCAUACAGUAUAUCUUUCGUUCCAAUAACGACGGACAAGAAAAUUAAUUCUAACAGAAGACAUUUAUUCAAACGAAAACACAAACGAUUUUAAAAUACGAUUAAAUAAUUCAUUAUGUUCAUACGUACGUAUGUAUGUAUGUAGGUAUAUCUCGUAAUAUUUCAAUUACAACGAUGUCGAUACUUAAACUUAAUAUUAUUAAAUCAAUUCUUAUGUUCGCGAAUAAUGCUCAUUAAUUCUUUUUUCUAUUUAUAAUAA